AUGGCUGCCAGCCGCGAGCGCAAGGAGGCCGAGGCCGCGGCCGUGACGGACAAGGUCGACAAAAAGGACAAGAAGGAGAAGAAGGAAAAGAAGGAAAAGAAGGAGAAGCGGCGGUCGGAGACGGACGGCGUGCACAAAAGCAAGGACAAGAGCGACAAGAAGGAGAAGAAGCAGAAGAAGGAGAAGCUGGCGCAGGCACUCGACGCGCACCUGCAAGCGUCGGCGGCGGCAUCGGCUGCGGCGGAGGAGGCGGCCGGCGGCGGCGACGAUGCGUCCGACAGCGAUGUGGCCGACGAGUCUGCGGCUGCACCGACUGCGCCGGCUGCAUCCAAGAAGAAGGCCGUCGUGCCCAAGCCGAUUGUGCGCGGUGCCCUGGUCGAGUUUGCCCUGCCCCUGGCGGCGGACAAGUACCAGAAGAAGGUGUUCAAAGUCGUCAAGCGGGCCGCCAAGCAGCAGGCCCUUCUCCGUGGUGUCAAGGAGGUCAACAAGGCCCUCCGCAAGGCGCCCGCCAAGAACCCGUCGUCGACGUCGGCCAACGUGCCCGGCGUCGUGGUCAUUGCCGGCGACGUCAACCCUGCCGAGGUCAUUAUGCACCUGCCCCUGGCCUGCGAGGACGUCAACGUGCCGUACGUCUUUGUGGCGUCGCGCGGCGAGCUGGGCCAGGCCGCCCGGACGAAGCGCCCCACAUCGGUGGUGAUGAUCAAGGCCGAGGGCCGUGCGAACAAGAAAGCGGGCGCCGACAAGAAGGCCAAGGCCGACAGCGACGACGAGGACGACGAGGACAGCGGCAGCAGCUACCCGGAGCUGUACCAGGACUUUGUCAAGACGUCGCAGAAGGAGUACGCCAAGCAGAUGAAGGGCAUUAUCUAA